UUUAUCACAUGAUAAGAAAAUGCCGGCAAAAUUGAUUUUGUUAUUUCUGAUUAUUUGUGUUGUUUUCUAUGAAAAUGAAGGUUUUAGAUUCCCAAAUAAGAAAAGCAAUUAUUUGAAAAGCAAUAAUAGCACCAGUGGAUACUUUUAUAAAACUUUGUACUUCAAACAAAAGGUAGACCAUUUUGGAUUUAGUAACAAUGAUGAAUUUCAGCAGAGAUACCUGGUAUAUGGAGGAUUCAGGCCAACACAGGAUGGGGGACCAGUUUUCUUUUACACUGGUAACGAAGGAGACAUUACUUGGUUUUGUAACAACACUGGCUUUAUGUGGGAGUUGGCCAAGGAACUGAAAGCUAUGGUUAUAUUUGGUGAACAUAGAUACUAUGGACAGUCAUUACCCUAUGGUAAAGAAUCAUUUAAGGACCCUACCAAACUCCAGUAUUUGACAUCUGAACAGGCCUUGGCAGAUUUUGCAGUAUUUAUUGAUUAUUUGAGAUCAGACUGGUACUUUGGACAGAAGGUACCAGUCAUUGCAUUUGGUGGAUCAUAUGGUGGCAUGUUGUCUGCUUGGUUCAGAAUGAAGUAUCCACACUCAGUACAAGGGGCUUUGGCAGCAUCAGCUCCUAUCUGGCAAUUUACAGAUUUAGUAGAUUGUGGAGCAUUUUUGAAGACAGUCACUAAUACAUUUAAACACCAUAAUCCUACAUGUGCAGACAACAUCAGGAAUUCAUGGAUGACUAUCAAUAAAGUAGCUACAACAGUGACUGGAAGAAAAACAGUCAGUGACACAUUUAGACUAUGCAAGCCUUUACAAUCUAUGGAAGAUGUGGGUACAUUCAAGGCAUGGUUACAAGAAACCUGGGUUGAUUUAGCUAUGGUUGAUUAUCCAUACCCAUCAAACUUUCUGGAACCAUUGCCUGCCUGGCCUAUUAAGGAAGUUUGUUCUUAUUUGUCAAAACAAUUGACAACAGAUGUGUCAUUGUUACAAUCAGUAUAUAAGGCAGUUAAUAUGUACUAUAACUAUACUGGCCAGGCACCCUGCUUAGAUAUUAACCAGGAGGCAACACAGGAUUUAGGAACAAUGGGAUGGGACUAUCAGGCUUGUACAGAAAUGGUAAUGCCAACCUGUUCUAAUGGUAAAGAUGACAUGUUUGAGCCAGUAGAAUGGAACUUUGAUGAUUAUGCCAAACAAUGCCAAAAACAAUGGUCAGUUACACCUAGACCAAUGUGGCCAAUUAUACAGUAUGGAGGAAAAAAUAUAACUACAGCUUCAAACAUAAUAUUUAGUAAUGGUUUAUUAGACCCUUGGUCCUCAGGAGGAGUAACAGAAUCUUUAUCAGCAUCACUACCUGCUAUCAUUAUACCUGAUGGGGCUCACCACCUAGAUCUCAGAAGUACUAAUCUCAAUGAUCCCAAAGAUGUCACUCAAGCAAGACAGAAAGAAAAAGAGAUUAUCACACAGUGGAUAAAGGACUUUUAUAAAUAAUUUAUCUAUUACAUACUUCAAUUAUUUCUCUUAGUGCAUAAAAUUUUUUGUAUUGUUCUAUCCAUAAUGGUUAAAGGACUAGUCUUAAAUGUCUUAUUUUUGCUGGUUAUUAUUUAUUUACUUGUUGAAUUUUUAAAAUAUUUUAUAGCAAAUAAAAUUUGCUUGACCAAUUGUUUAUGAAGUUUUACAGUGACAUGCACAGAUCUUUUCCUUACGAUUUGAUAGCUUGCUCAAUUUCAGAUAAGGUGAAAAUGCUGUUAUUAGUUCUUAUUUUUAUUUUAUUUUUUGGGGGUAGGGAAGUUAACAGUUUCCAAAGCAGUGUCAAAAAUAGUGUCAGGGAAUGAAAAAUAAUCUUAAAUAGGUUUUGGUUUGGAAGUUGAAAAACUAUUUCAAAAAGCCUAUAACUAUUUUGUAUACAAAAAAAAAUUAAACAAUUAAGUUAUUUCAUUAUAGCUACUUUAAUAUGUGUAAACUUUUCUACUGUAGAUGACCUGAAAGUUAAAUAUAUACCUUGAAUAAGAAAAUAUAUUUCAAGAACUGCUGUCAGAUAAUAUUCAUUUUUCAAAUUAAUGAGUGUAUUUAUAAGGACAGUGAUUGAAAAAGGAUAUUUGCUUUUUUUCUGUCUGACUUACUGUUUGAAAAAUAUAUUCAUGAUAAUAUGAUCAACACAAAUAGAGUCCCUCUGCAUGUCUUAAAUGGUAUAUUAUCAUAAUAUGUGACCUCAGUACAACUGCUAAUAUUGUCGUUUUAUUAAACUUUUAUUGAUAUUCAAACUGGUGCUUAAUGAAAUGUAUUUUGCUACUUAUCUUAAUAAAUUAUUUUAUUUAAA